CUGUAGGCGAGCAUUAAUUUGGCAUUAAUCGCUGUUGUCGCGCGACGCCAUCUACCAGCAUGCUGCCGAACGCCUCAUUUCUAUACGCUCUAUUUCUUCUGAUUCCUUCAGUAUGCUCCCAGUUCAAUUUCUUUGAACAUAUGUUCGGUCAUCCAGGUCAUCAGCAACAACAGCAGCGACAGACUGGAGCUUCGGGUGCUGGGCAAUGGGUGGCACGCUCGGAUAGUGUGUCUUGCUCUCAGUAUCUCUGUCCAGACACCCUCGUCUGCGUGCCGAAUCCAUCGGAAUGCCCUUGUCCUGAUGUACAAGAUAUUAAAUGCUUGAUACCCGAUUCCGAGGACAAAGAAAGCUCAACCGUACUUUGUGUGCGCGGGCCGAAUGAAUGUGCGGAGGUUGAGCGAUUGUCAAGGAAGCUUGCGUGAGACGGGGAGUGUAGUGUGGCUAAACAGAGCGAACUCUCGAUUGGUGGCGCAUCGGAGCGGAAGAACUUCUGGUCAAUGUCACUGCCAUGAGCACCGGCAGGGUAGCAUGGAG